UUGAAGUUUAGUUGUACAAAAUUAUGUUUAUACUUUAUCCAGUUUAGAAUAGACUAGGUUUUAGGUUACAUUAAACAUUGAAACGACUAUGCUUUCAUUCAAAUUCUUUCUUGUUUCGUUAACUCUGGGCUUGGCUCUAGCUCAAGAAACUGAUGAUUUUGAAGGAACUGCUGGCGGAGAUGAAGUGAAUGUUGACGCGGUAGAGGUAGUUGACGUAGGUGGAGAAGAUACGAUCACUGUAAUCGACGAUGGAACUGGGGAAGACGCCGAUGAAAGUGAAGAAGUUGCAGAAACGAUUGAGCCGACUCCUGCUUAUAGAAGAUCAUGUCACGUUGGAUUCGGAAGUAACUUUACUGACAUACAAUCAAAAAACAAAACGUGCAACUUUCUAGAGAAUUCAUGCCAAGUCAAAGUAGAAAUCAAUUCAAAUGGAAUGCGGGUUUAUGGAGAAUGCAAAGAAUUUCGGGCUUGCCAAAAUAAUGCCAAGUUCCACGAUUGUUACAGUGCUACUAUGACAUCAGAGGAGGCUGAAAAAGCGGAGCAUGUCUGCCAUUUUUGUUGCCGUGAAAGUUAUUGCAAUACCGCCAAAUAUGCUGAAAGAUUGUUACGACGACAACAAAAUAAACUCUUAAAAUAGAAUUCUCGAUAUAAAGAGAAGCUUUAGAUUUUAUUUAACUAAUACUCCCUUUGUGGUGAUUAGAUGUAGAAAAAAAACAUGAAAAAAAAAGAAUAAAAAUAGAUUUUAAUACGCAAUAAUAUGUUCAAAAACUGAGCUGAAGUUUUUUUUGAAACUAGUGAAAAAAUGAAUUCGAUCAGUUUGUUUUAGAUUGUCGUAGGAAUCCUCUUACAAAACUGGAUUUGAGUAGUGAGGAGCAUGACACAAAUGGUAUCCUCAUAUAAAUUUGCUCCAUGUUUACUACAAUAGAACGAAAGUAAAACUGUUAUUGAGCUAAUCAUAUCAUAUAUAUUUGUAUACACUGUUUGUUCACGUAAAUUAGGUGGAAUCCUAUUUGAGAUCUCUGUCAAUGUGCUAUCUGAAAUCAGAUGUUUUAUCAAAAAUACUGAGUGUUUAUCAUUAUUCCCUCACUUUACAUUGGUCGUUUUGGAUUAGUUUUGUAUUAGUAUCCAAACCAAACUUGGUAAAUUAAUAAAAUGCGGUCAUUAAAAAAUAUGUCAAGUUUUCCAAUUUUGUUUUAAUGUUUCGUAUUGAAUUUGGUCACCAUAGGAGUAGUAACAAUUUGGGGUAUUGCAAAGCAAGUAUACAACCUUUUUAAGGUGCAUAUGUUCGCAAUAACAAUUUUGCAUUUACUUACUGACUUUAUUUAAGAUACGUUACUAUGAAAACUGUAUGGUGCAUACCAGAUUGAUUAAAACUCACAGGUCUCAUUGCCAUAAACGUUUCUAAACUGUAUCCAAUAUUUUGAUAUACUUCUUGCUUGCCAUACCAUUUUCAUGUCACUCGGAUUAUUGUUUUUGUGGCUGAAGAAUUAAAAUUUUUAUUAUGUUUAGUUAGAUAUAUUUAGUUAACGCACUAGGUUAAAUAGAUUUUUGAAAACAACCAUGAUGGCUCUCAAAUAUGUUCUUCUCAUUUCUCUGGUUAUUGGACUGACAUUCGGUCAAGAAGACAUUGUUGAUCCCGUUGAUCCCGUUGAACCUGUUGAACCUGUUGAACCCUUUGAACCCUUUGAAACCGUGGACUCCGGUGACCCUGAUGAGUCUUUUGAAGGUGUAGACGGAGUUGAUCCAUUUGAUACCGUCGACCCCAUUGACUUUGCUGAACCUGAUGACACUGUUGAACCUGUUGACCCCGUCGACACAAGUGAAGCCGUAGAACCAACUCCAGUGCCGAGGAGGACUUGCUAUGUUGGUUCUGGAGAUACAUUGGACGAUCUUACAAGCGAGGUUAAAGAAUGCAAGUACUUGCAGAAUUCGUGUCAGGUCAAGCUUGAAAUAAAGCCAGAUUCGUACAAAGUUUAUGGAGAAUGCAAAACUGCUAAAGCGUGUGAGGACAACACAAAGGGUUGCUAUUCCCAAACUCUCACCAGAGCGCAGUCACAAGAAGUGGACCAUGUUUGCCACUUUUGCUGUUCAAACUCGAAUUGCAACGACGCUGUAUUUGCUCGAAGCGAAUGGGAUCGAAAGAUCGAUGAACUUUUAUUUAGAUAAACAUCAUGGGCAGUGAAGAAUGCAUUGACUUUGGUCACCAAUAAACCAAUAAAAUUACCAUCAAAAAUAAGUGAAAAAAUAUAUCACGUCAGCACCAGUGGAUUCGAUAACUCCAAAUAUAAAUUGUAUUUUCAAAUUUUACUCUUUUGUGUGUCUUUGAAGCAUUUUCUACCAAUAUUGCACAAUUUUACAAGCGAUUUGUUAACUAACGUUCGUCAUCCAAUAAAAGCUACCUGUCAAGACUUAUGUUGGCUCUAAACCCGACUUCAAUAAAUAUGAAUUUCAAAGAACUAAACUUUAUUUAACAACUGUAUUUUGUAAGACAAUAACAAAACGUUACAUACAGAUAUCUGGAGAAAUGCUAAUUCUUUAGAAACAAUGAAAAUUAAUAAAUUCAUUCAAAUACUAA